GAGCCCAAGAUUUAAUUAUCAUUUAGGAGCUAUAAAAACAAUGUAGUAGAGGCACAAAUAGUUUUUGAACCAUGCCAUGUGAAAAUUCUGAGACUUCUUGUUGCCAACCUCCCUUUUAUUGCUUGGAUUGGCUGAUUUCCAAAGCAUCAAGGCUAGCGAUUGAGGGACUGAAAUAUAAUCAGUGGUGAUACAUUUUUACCACAUAAAACAUUCUCUGCCUCCAAAGCCUCGGGUGUCUCUAGUAAGCAGUGCAUCAGCAACAGCUCCUUGCUGCUGGACUUCAGAGGGAAAAAAAUUGGAUCAGAAUGUCCCAGCAAAAAUGCAUUGUGAUCUUUGCACUGGUAUGCUGCUUUGCGAUUCUGGUUGCACUGAUAUUUUCUGCAGUGGAUAUAAUGGGAGAAGAUGAGGAUGGACUCUCAGAAAAGAAUUGUCAAAAUAACUGUCGGGUUGCUCUUGUGGAAAACAUUCCUGAAGGUAUAAACUAUUCAGACAGUGCACCAUCCCACUUGUCUCUUUUCCAAGGCUGGAUGAAUUUGCUUAAUAUGGCUGAAAAGUCUGUUGACAUAGUAUCUUCCCAAUGGGACCUCCAUCACAGUCAUCCAUCUGCAUACCAGGGCCAGCAUCUUUUUGAAAAAUUGCUAGAACUGGCGUCUCGAAAUAUUGAGAUAAAACUAGUGAGCGAUAUACUGCCCACCGAAUCAAAGGUAUUAAACGACUUGAAAACAAAGGGUGCAGAAGUGCUGUAUAUGAAUAUGACUGCUUAUAAUGAAGGUCGCCUUCAAUCAUCAUUCUGGAUUGUUGAUAAACAGCAUGUAUAUAUUGGAAGUGCCAGCUUAGACUGGAGGUCAUUGGGACAGAUGAAAGAACUUGGUGUCAUUGUGUACAACUGCAGCUGCCUCGUCCUAGAUUUACAAAGGAUAUUUGCCUUGUAUAGCUCAUUAAAAUACAAGAAUAAAGUGCCUCCAAGUUGGUCUAAGAGAUUGUAUGGGGUGUAUGAUACUCAAAAGAAACUGAAGCUGCAGCUGAAUGAGACAAAAUCAGAAGUCUUUGUGUCGAAUUCUCCCAAACUCUUUUGUCCAAAAGACCGAGUCUUGGAUAUUGAAGCUAUCUACAAUGUUAUAGAUGAUGCCAAACAGUUUGUUUAUAUAGCUGUCAUGGAUUACCUCCCUAUUGUCUUUGACACAAAUGCUAAAAGGUACUGGCCAUAUUUGGAUGGGAAGAUAAGAGAAGCACUAGUGUUACGAAGUAUUAAAGUCCGGCUCCUCAUAAGUUUCUCAAAAGACACUGAUCCCCUUACAUUUAACUUUGUUUCAUCUCUUAAAGCUAUUUGCACUGAGGUUCCCAGCUGUAGUUUAAAAGUUAAAUUUUUUGAUCUUGAAGAGGAGAAUGCUUGCUUUCUCAAAGAACAAAAGAAUACUUCCCUUCCCAAAUUAAACCGGAAUAAAUAUAUGGUGACUGAUGGAGCUGCUUAUAUUGGUAAUUUUGACUGGGUGGGAAAUGCUUUUACUCAAAACGCGGGAGCUGGCCUCGUUAUCAACCAAGAAGACAUGGGGAACAACACAAGCAUCGUUAAGCAACUUAAAGCCGUGUUUGAAAGGGACUGGUAUUCACACUAUGCCAAAAGUUUGCAACCAACAAAAAUCCCAAACUGCUUAAACUACAAACUUAACAAAGCAGUGGCAAAUAAGACUGCCAUGAAUUAAAAAGACUAUUUUACUGUAUGAUGAAUGAAGAAAUACAUCGGGGCUGCUGUAAGCCUAUUUCAUAUUUACAGAUAAGACUACAAAAAGGCAAAAAAAUUUUUUUUUUUUUUUUUUUUUUUUUUAGGAAAAAGCACACAUAUAAAAUGUUCUCUAAACUAUACUCUCUAUAUUGAAUUAUUUACGACUUUUAAAUUUGUUACUUCUGACACUGAAUGUCAUUUAUGCUUCGACAUUGAUUUUUCAUAUUUGAAUUUAAAAGCAUACUUUGAUUCCUCUCCUUCAAUUUUAGAACUUUUCGUACCUCCCAUCCUGGCUAGGCAGAACCUUGAGGCAGAACUGAAAAUUGAGCUAUGACAUGUCAUUCUAAGAUCAGCUGCUAUUGAUACAUAAUGGAGGACAGACUUCCCCCAUGCAAAAGAUACAAGUUUAAGCAAGUAUUCUCCUAUGUAAAUCAUUCCCUCCAAGUAUAUGGCCAUCCAAGCAGAUUUUAAUAAUUUUGAACAGAUAGUUUGAUAUCAACAUCUAAUUACAUUUUCACACCAUCCUCAAAAUGUAUUAAAGCUAGCUGUCAGCUUCCUUGUCAUCUCCUAAUAAUAACAUACAUUUUCUUUUGUCCAAACAACUUUCACUAUAACCUCUCCCCCCCAAACCUCUUACCUAACACACUUCAAAAAAAAUUAUUAAUUUUAAUUCCCUCUACCAUCAAUGGUUAUUCCUUGUUAUACCAAUGUCUCUUUAAUUUUGAAAUUCCUGGAUUCUGAGGAUGUUUUAUUAUAAAAAUCUAUUAUAAAGAUCAAGGGCUGUCUUUUCUUGUCAGCUGUACAAUGUGAUUUUCCCAAUUUGAAGUAUUUCUCAAGAGUGAGGCAGCAAUUUUGUGUAGCAUCAUUGUUUGGGGAAAAAACCAAACCCUUAAAUGCUACUUUUUGAAAAAGGUGAAGGGCUGUGCAAAGCUGUACAAUAACUUUAGUGAAAAUUUUCAGUUUUGUUCUAGUUGAUUUCUCACCUGGCAAACUUUGCUUUGUUAAUUUAAAAACAAAAUGAACAAACAAACAAAAAAGUAUCCUUUUGUGAAAUGGUGUUUUUGGGUCAAAAUAGGUCAUUCAAUCUCUUGCAUGUUUUUUAUAACUAUAAAAGAAAUUGGGACAGAUUCAUCUCUGGUGUAACUUCAUGCCUCAAUGACUUCAGCAAUUAUACCAGCAAUGAAUUUCAUCCAGUAUAUUCAAAGUUGAAGAUCAUUUUUUUAAAUCAGUUCCGUUUAUUUGCAAAAUGUCACUGAAAGACCAAGAGAAGCUCUAGAGGUGAAUAGCUUUCAAUCAUGUGUCUUGGGAUAAACUUAAUAUUAAGUCCUUACAUAAAGGCACAAGAGCCAAAAAUUCCAGAGUUUGCAGUUAUAGCUUCUGCUAGCAAUAGCACAUAAAAAGAUAAAAAUUAUUAACCACUGACAUAUUUCCCUUCCUUGCAUUGUUGAUACUAGGAAUGCAUUGAAUUUUUAGUACAUUUUAUACAGAUAAUGGAAAAUGUCAAUGGAGCAAAACUUUGUCAAAGGAGAAAGUGAUUUCAUGUCAUUGUUGGGUUGCCACUGACCUUAUAAUUCUGAUACCAAAUGAAUUACAUAGAUGCAGUAGUUUUAUCUGAUAGAUUUUUUGGAGCAGUAGAGUCACAAUUGCUUACUGGUCCAUUAUGGUAUAAGUGGAUUCCCAUGGGCUAGAAGAACAAAUUUGUGUACUUCAGUCAUCCAGAGUAGAACUAAUACAUCAAAGUACAGUGGUACAAUGUUUUUUUUUUUUUAACUAUACUGUGUUUUUAUGAACCAUCUGAUUUAUGAACAGAAGGGUUUAUUUUUAAAUAAUUUUUAUCAGUAAAUAGUAGUCAGCCAUUCUACAAUUAGACUGGCAGGCACAAAUUUCAUUUGGUAUAAAAUAUGUACUAAUGAUUUUAAUAUAGCUGUUUCAAAUGACAGCAGCUCCAAAGAAGUGCAGAAGGCUUUUGUAUGGUAUGUUAGCCAAAAGAUAAAGUGCAUCCUUGGAUUUAAAAAAGAGGAUAUGGAGUUUAAAAGAAAUCUUAUUAGUUUUUAGAACACAUCAAAGGGGAUAAUAACCAAUCAUUCUUUCUGGGUUAGUACUAUUAUAGUUCAAAUAGAUCAAAUGCAGUGGACCAGGUUCUGAUCUCAGUUACGCCAAAGUAAAUAUGAAGUAACUCCAUUAAAGUUAAUUUGCACUGGUUCAUUUGAGAUCAGAACCACUGUUUCCUUUUGCUUUAGCUCUGUAGAGCACCACCACUGCAUGGCAUGUUUUCGAACUACUAUAGGAAUUUGCAUGUAGUAGUUUCUCACAGACCUCUCAAACAGGAUCCAGAAGAUGCACUUUCUCUAACUUCCUUCUAACUGGCAUUGGUAACUCUGUCAUAUUACAAAGGUUUUUCUAAAGAGAUCAGUUUUAUUCUUAAAGAAUAUAGACUGUAAUUGUUGUUUGCGGCAAACAUUUACUAGUGCCUUAUUCAUGCACAAGGUUUUAUUUAACUAUUUCUCUUGUGAAACCCUGCUAAGAUCUUGCGUUUAAUACUGAAGCAUAAAAACAGCUUGCUAAAAAAGACCUGCAUAUUGUGAAUGUUUAGAAUUCAGUACAUAGUGAUAGAGUCACAAAAAGACAAAACUGUUGCCAAGAGCUGGGCCCAAAUCAAAGCCUUGUAUAGGAACACACCUGAACUUUGGGGUGUUUUAAAUGCCACCCCAGCUUUGGACCCAAAUUUCACAAAUUGACCCAUCUUUAUUAUGAGAUAAUGCAAAUCCCAAAUCAAAAUAUUCCUGAUUUUUGGGAUAUUCAAAAUCUGCAUUCCCCCAAUAUCAGACUCCAAUCAGAAGCAACAAUACCAUGGCAGUUCCUUCAAGAUUGAGGGUGAAGUAAAUCCAGACACAUGCAAUGGCAGAUACACAACUACUUUGCAUAUUUCUUUGCAGUGUUGUAGCCCGGCUAGUCCCAGGAUAUUAGAGAAACAAAGGUGGAUGAGGACCAAUUUCUGUUGGUGAAAGAGAUCAUUCAAGGUGAAGUGAGCAGUUAACACCUCUUCAAUCAUAGGACAAAGGAAGGUUAGUGGAUUACAGAUUGUUGUAAUGAGCCAUAAAUCCAGUAUCUUUAUUGAAACCCUCCUUGAAUGGUCUCU